AAAAAAUCCCACGUAAUUCAGAUACAGCUCGAAGCAAACGAAGAUGUUUAUUUCAACAAGUUUCAUAUUUCUCAUCGCCAGCCACCUAGUUCUAGGCUACGGCGUAACGCAAAAUCACGGUACUAAAGCAGCUCACCAAACUGGCUACGUAAAUCACCCAACUGGAUUUAACGAUCACCAUUCCGGAUCAAACGAACACCAAACCGGCUUUAACUCACCCCACGGUGGACCAAACGACCAUCACACUACAUACGGAGGUCACCAAACUGGAUCGGACCACCAUUCCGGAUUAGAUGACCAUCAUUCUGGAUACGGAAGUCACACAACAGGAUUCAACGAUCAUCACACCGGAAUAAACGAACACGAAACCGGAUCAAAUGACCAUCACACAUCGUACGGAGGUCACCAAGCUGGACUCGACGAUCACCAUUCCGGAAAAGGAGGUCAUCAAACGGAAUUUAACGAUCAUCACAACGAACACCAUUCUGCAUAUGGAAGUCACCAAACAGGCAUUAACGAUCAUCACACUGGAGUAAACGAACACCAAUCUGGAAGAGGAGGUCAUCAAACAGGAUUUAACGAUCAUCAAAACGAACACCAUUCUGCAUAUGGAAGUCACCAAACAGGAUUUAACGAUCAUCAUUCUGGAGUUAACGAACACGAAACCGGCUUUAACCGUGGAUCAAACGACCAUCACACUGCGUACGGAGGUCACCAAACCGGAUUCGACGAUCACCAAUCUGGAAAAGGGGGUCAUCAAACGGGUUUUAACGAUCACAAUACUGGAUUAGAUGAACACCGUACCGGAUAUGUAGGUCACCCAACUGGAUACAAUCGUCAAUCCGGACUCGAAGGUCACCAAACAAAAAUUGGAAUUGCCGUGGGAAGUCACGAAGGGCACGGGCUACCAGUGGUGCAAUUCGGCGGUUUAGAGGACAUGGAGGAAGUUCACUCGGGUCACGGGCACGUUCAAACCGACCAUACACUACUCAUCGUUCUCCUAGCAGAACACUCGCAGGAGUCCAUCCUGUUUCACAACAAACCCGACCACCAGGAGGCGAUCGACCACAACGGGAUCGAACCGCCGUCGACCAAGCAACCGCUGUUCGGCAAAACCGGCAGACUGCACGAGAAAAUCGAGCAGAUCCACGAGGAUCUGGCGACGAAGCCGCCGCUGCUCGGCAAAGACGGCAGACUGCAUAAAGGCGUAGAGAAGAUCGUCGAUGAUUUGAAGACCAAGCCGCUGGUGGACCAGGAGGUGAACUUGCACGUGAAGGUGCUGCACAGCGAGAUCGGCGUGAGCGGAUCCAUAACGUUGGGCGGUCACAAGACCGGCGCGCAUUUGUCGUCGCAGGCUAAAGUGCUCGGGCAGGAGGCCGGGUUCGGUGCUAAUUUGCUCAAUGGAGGUCAUCGACAGGCGGAGGGUGUUGUUGAUGGUGGGGAAGUGGUGGUAGAUGAACAGCACAAGCAGACUGUUGGAGAUAAAAUUAAGAAUUUGUUCCACCAUAAGAAGGAGGUUACGCCAGGUAUGGGUUUUUGGUGAUAUUGAAAUGUAUUAUAGCGAGUUUUUUUUUUCAGAGCCGG